GGAGGGGUAGGAAACAGGAGGAGGAGAAACAACCAGAGAAAACGUUUGAAAGAAAAAGAGACCCUUUCCAGUCGCCGGGGCUCGCUGCGAACGGAAUAAAGUUGGAUAACUAAGCGGGAAGCGGCACGAAGUUUGCGUUUGAGUGGAUUUUACUGUAGCGGACAGCCGCUGGGCAACGGCCCGCUCCUUGUUUGAUCUGAGGCGGCGUGGAUGAGUUUGACUUCACGAUGAGGAGUGAUCCUGUUCUCUUCACUUUCAGCCGGGCGAUGGAGGAGCUGGUGGGGGAGCUACGUCUCUUCUUGGACCUUCUGGACCGGGAGUACCUGAGUGCUGGGAUCAGGGAGAAGAAGACUCACCUGUCCAACAUCCUCAACAGAGUCUUGGCUGACAAAGAACCCUGCUUCAAAUCGGAGAUCCACAACGGCCUCCCUGCACCCCCCCAGAUGCCCUUACCCGAGAUCCCUCACCCCUGGCUGCCUCCAAACCACGGCCCACCACCUCUGCCAAGUUCCUCAUUACCCGAAGGUUAUUAUGAAGAAGCUGUCCCUCUGAGCCCUGGAAAGGCACCUGAAUACAUCACAUCCAAUUAUGACUCAGAUGCCAUGAGCAGUUCCUAUGAAUCUUAUGAUGAAGAGGAGGAAGAUGGAAAGGGCCAGAAGAUGCAUCACCAGUGGCCAUCAGAGGAAGCAUCCAUGCAUCUGGUGAAAGACGCCCGAAUAUGUGCCUUCCUGUUGCGCAAGAAACGGUUUGGCCAGUGGACCAAACUCCUUUGUGUAAUUAAAGAUAACAAACUGCUGUGUUACAAGUCAUCCAAGGAUCAUGCCCCACAAAUGGAACUAACAUUGUCUGGCUGCAGCAUCACUCACAUUCCUAAAGAUGGCAAAAAGAAAAAGCAUGAACUUAAGAUUGUUCACCAGGGGGCAGAUGCAUUGGUGCUGGCUGUUCAGAGUAAAGAACAGGCUGAAGAAUGGCUUAAGGUGAUGAGGGAGGUCUGUGCCAAUGGCCAUGUGGAAGUCGACCCCACCCGUUCAGCUUCUCCUGUUUUUAAACCAGAGUUAGAAAAGAAGACUUCAUGCGAUAGGCCGAGCUCGGACGGGGAAGCUCCUCAUGAGAAUGGAGUCAUUGAAUGCAAAGAGCAAGGAAAGGGAAAGAAGAGCUCAAAGUCGGAGCAGAAGAGUGGGACCGUGGGGAAGGGCGCAGGGAAGAAGAUUACCAAGAUCAUGGGGCUUGGCAAGAAGAAGCCUUCCACAGACGAGCAGACAUCCUCCGCCGAAGAGGAUGUGCCCACAUGUGGUUACUUGAAUGUGCUGUCCAAUAACCGCUGGCGUGAGCGUUGGUGCAGACUGCGUGAUAACCAGCUCCUCCUCCAUAAGGAUCGGGACGACCUGAAGAGCCACAUCGCCUCUCUGCCCCUGAGAGGCUGUGACGUGUCUCCUGGACUAGACCACAAGCACCCCUUUGCCUUCCGCCUGCUCCGGAAUGCACAAGAGGUGGCUGUGCUCGAGGCGUCGUCCUCUGAGGAGAUGGGUCGCUGGUUGGGGGUGCUUCUGGCUGAGACUGGUUCUACCACAGACCCUGCCACACUUCACUAUGACUACAUCGAUGUAGAGACCACCGCUAAUGUCAUCCAGCUUGCCAAACAAUCCUUCUGCUUCACCAGUAAACGCGCUGUGUCUCCAAACCCAUAUCUGGACAACCCUGUGAACGGAUACUCCUGCCCUACAGGGAUGGCUCUGCACUACGAUGACGUGCCCAUCAACGGAAUGGACCCAGAUGCGUACUCCACUCCACCCAGGAGGCACUGCCAGCCCAUAGAGGAAGUGCACUAUGAAAACGCAGAGCCCAUUGAUGACAAACCUACACCUAAACCUCUGGCCUCUCGCUAUCCUCCUAAAACUACUACUACUACUGCUACUACUACUACUACUACACACUACAAACAGCCUGUGUCUAAGGUUUCUUCUAAGUUUCUCUCUGCUGAUGUUAAAAAAAAAGAGGCGGCUAAGCAGACCAGGCGGGGCCCAGCAGCCAAUGGUGUGAGCUCCAAGCAGAAGACAGACCCAAAGAACCAGGCCAAGAAGAACGGAGUCAGUGUGACCAAUGGAGCAACCUCUCUGAGAAGAAACAGUUCAAGCUCAGAGCAGGUCAAGUACGGGAAGAACCGCGUGGAAGCUGAUGCCAAACGCCUCCAGGCCAAAGACGAAGAGCUGAUCAGGAGGAAGCAGGACAUCCGCAACCACCUGACCCAGCUCAAGAAAGAGAGGAGGGACCUGCGCACUGCCCUGGAGGCUGCCACUGGUAAACGUUCCCAGUCUUCCCUGUCGGAGCGUCUGAAGAAGGUGGAAGAGGAGUGUCGUCUGAAGGAGGAGGAGCGAGUCAACCUGGAGCUGGAGCUCACGGAGGUCAAGGAGAGUCUGAAGAAAGCUUUGAAUGGAGGGGUCACACUGGGGCUCACCAUAGAGCCUAAGACCUCCAACUCAGCUAUGCAGUCUCCGGCAGUGGUGCGUCGGGCUCACGGCUCCUCGGCCUUCUCCAGCUGUGACACCAGUGAUGCAGAGUCGUGCCAUCUGCCCGUGAACAGUGCCUCCCUGCUCCGAAGGCAUCACACAGGGCAGAAACCAGCCACGGCCCGCGGGCAUGUGCUUCGGAAGGCCAAGGAAUGGGAGGAGAAGAGCGGCACAUAAUUUGAUUGUCACACCAGCUCUUAUCUUUUUAUCCUUAUCUUUUUAAAAUAUUGUGUAUAUAUUUAUUUAAAAAGUGACUUUAUAAAGACUACACCUAAUUUAGCCUUGUAAAGCAUGAAUACAGAAGAAAUGAACAAAAAAUUGUUUACUAAAAAGGAUUGAGGGCUAGUAGCCACUAAUUAAAGGGUUAGGAGUGAGGGCACAUGGGCCACAAUGGGUUCUAAAAUUGAAAAGGUAAAUUGAACAAGGUUUACCCUUAGCUAUUUUAAUAUAAUUUGGUCAUGUUUGGCGGGCUGGACUAAUAAGCCCAAAGGGCCAUGUGUGGCCCCCGGGCCGUAGUUUGCACAUGCCUGAGUUAGGGUGUGCGUUAGUUGUGACAAAACUUGAAUCAUUGGUAAUGAAUAAACUGUUUAUUAUGAGUUAAAAUCCCAAUUUGUGAUUAGAUUGGCCAACUCUCCCUUGUUGUAUUCUCACAUAUCACCACUAGAUGCUAUCUAUGUUACUGCUGUGCGAUAGUGUGCCAGCUUUGGCCUAUGGCUUUGGUGAGCCUGAACAAAGGGAGGUGCAGGUUUUACAUCUGCCAUCUACUGGUGAAAAAGAUCUAAUAAACCGAUGGGAGUCUUCAGCCUUUGUUCAUGCUUUAUUAGGCUUAAUUAAAUUGUAGUUAUUAUAAAGUGUUACCAAAAAGUGUGAUGUUGAGGACACAAGUAGCAUGUAAACCUAGUCACUGAACCUGGAGUGGCGGUUGUACUAUAUUGUAAGUAUCAUAUAAUAACUUCACUUUUUCAUAUUGUGCAUGUUUAAAUACUGCCAUAAGAGCAAUUUCUACUCGACUUUAUACUUCUCUGUACACCUUUUUACCAGAUCAGAUCCACAGACUUUUUUUCAACGCCUUUUGUACAGUUUAACAUUUUGGGUCCAACACGAUUCAUAUUGAGUAUUUAUUUGUAAAUGUACAAAUGAUCUUACUAUCCCUAUUCCUUAUUAUUUAUGUUGUUAUAUUUAAAUAUAUUUGUGUAGCAUUCAUGGCACUCCAAAGAAUCACAUUUUUACUGGUCUCAUUGUAAAACUGAACACAGGCACAGGAUAUUUCAGUGUUUCUUAAACAGUCAGAGGUGGGCCAAAAAAGUACUCAAGUAAGAGUAAAGUUACUUCAAAACAAUAUUAUUCAAGUAGCAGGAAAUGGCUUAGUGUAUAGUAUUUGGGGGAAAUACUACUCAUGUAAGAUGAUUACUGUCUCUCUGUGACAUCUGAUUUAUCAUUUGAAGUCAAUGUUAUUUAAAGGGCAAAACAUUAAGUGAUAAGAAAUGAUGAUUCAAGAGAAAAAUAUAUAUUCAGUAAAUUUUAAAUAAAAAAAAGUGCUUAAAAUGUUGUCUAUAAAAAGAGAACCUUGUGAAACCCAUAAAUAGAAAUGUUAAAGGUGCUAUACCUAUUUAUUUAAAAACGUGAAAAACAGAACUAGUUCAUUUUAAACGGUUUGCUGUGUUACAGUUAUUCCUCACUUACCUUAUGCAUUCUGAUCCUAUUUAAUCACUGUGAUGAGUUUAUGAGUGCUUUUCACAACUUUCAGAGACCAGAGCAAAGUUUUACCAUCACGCUGAGGAAAACAAUAACUGGCAUGCUAUCUGUGCACUUCCUCAUUAUCAGACAAUACAUCUCUUUAUAAUUAGAUGUCAACAUUACACAGCUGACUUAUUUUGACCUUAAGAGCUGCUUAAACAAUAUAUGUACUGGGUGAGGACACUUUUUUUUUUAAAUACAUGGAAAAAAAAUUGGGUAUAGGGCCUUUAAUCUCUUACUUGCGUCUACCUUAUACUUUACUGUGCCUACAUUGCAAGUCAGUCUUCAAAUUUUCCAAAUAAAAAAAAAAAAAAAUCUUUUCUAUUUCACACACUUUUAUACACUUUUGUUCUCAUGGUGCUUUGUCAUUCACUGCCUUUAGACCAAUACAAUAUGGUGCUCCUAUGUCUUCUUUACACCAGCAGCAUUCCUCUGUUGUAUAGUGAUUUUCCUGUGUACACGCUGUCUGCUCCUCUCUGCAUGGUGACAAUGGAUGUAUUAGACACAUGCUGUUAAUGUGAAGCCGCUGUACAUACAUAGCUUUGGCUUUGUGGGACCACGCAUCAGUGUUGUGUUUUGCACCUUAUUCAUUUUCUACUCCCUGUGUAUCCGACCGUCUCCGCUUUGGAGCCAUACACUUUUUGUACAGAGCUCA